CAUCUGAUCUCUGAAUUAUGCAAUAUUACCAAACACUCCUGUGGUUAAUAUACUUCCGGCUGGGCAAAAAUCAUUACUUGAGAUGCUUUCUCUACCAGAAUGCAAAGCAAAUUUGCCGACUCCACUAAUUGAUGGAUUUUGGACUCCGGGAUCUAAAUGGACUUCAUUGCAAUGUAAAACGAGACAGUGGACAAGACCUGAGCUAAUUCAGUGCCUUAAAGGGAAAGAACUCAUACUUAUGGGGGACUCAACUACUAGACAAUGGCGCGAUGGAAUACUGAAACUUAUGAGAGUUGGAAACAGCAAUUAUACAAAACAUGUGACUCCCAAGCAUACUACUCAUCACAGUGAUAUUUUGGCCUUCGAUUUCUAUUUUCAUCCGUAUAGCAUGGGCUCCCUUGGGUACCAUUAUCGGGUUGGUAAGUGGGAGUAUGAAGUCCUGGACAACCUCAAUUUCAGUGCGUGCAAUUACGUUGUCAUGGUCAGUCCAUGGGCACAUUACUCGCAGUGGGUUAAGGAAAGUACCUGGGAACGAAUGCGUCUGUUGCGGGAAACACUCAUACGAUUCAUGAAACGUUGUCCCAAGGCACAGGUUAUGGUGAAAACGCCACACCCAAGGUACCAUCAGAAGGGGGGAGAUAAUAUUUAUACCGGGGAAAAAAUGCUGCAUGAUAUAUAUGAACUAUACCAUGAAUUAUUUUCUGAUUUGGGCAUACAUAUCCUUGACAUAUGGGAUAUGAACGUUUCCCAUCCAGCACCAAACGUUAUACAUAUGCCGAUGCCAAUAAUUUAUCAAGAAUUAUUCAUGAUGUUUUCUCAUAUUUGUCCAAAGGGUCCACCUCAAAAUAAUGCCAACAAGUAAUUGAUAUUCUUUCCACAACAUCUGCCAACUGAACCCUCUAUUUGCAAAGCUUUUAUAUUGGCGAUUUAAUACAGAUAGGCCUUAAUCACUGAUAUAAAAAAAAUAACACUUCAUAUUCUGGCUUAAUCUCAUAAACAAUGUUACUAUCCAACCGUUUACUGGUACAUUGUUGAAAUCAGUUGUCCUGUUUAUCGAGUUACAUCCUAACCAGCAUUGUCGAGAUGAGUUAUUCUCAGUCUAGCCUAUCAACUUCUCGUUAAUUUACUCGUGCAUGUGUCAUAGCAUAAAAUAUUUGUUAUGACAAAUUCAAUAAAAGACACAUUGUUCCAUAUUUUCUAUUAUACUCUAAUAGUAUAUUUUAUAUCUCAUAUUCGACAUAGUAAUUUCUUUUUUUAAGAUGACGAUUUUCCUACUUGUCAUGUCGUUAUUAUCAUCAUCAGUAAGCAUACGCUUAUUUUUAUAAUCAUUACUGCCAAUUAAUUUUAUUAUUAUUAUUAUUAUUUUUGUCUUUUGUGGGGUCAUUUUUUCUCACAUUUCAUCAUUACAUAAUUUACAAUUAAUAGGUUUUAUGUUGUACUGUUCUGCAUUGCACUUUUCUUUAAAAUAGGUCAGUCCAUCGUGAUGGCUAACUAUUAAUUCUUUAUCGCUAUUUUCAUAGUAAUGUACGACAUUUAAACAUAUAUUUUCAAUGCGUUACUUUUAUAUGUAUAUUUUUCCGAUUAUAUUCUAACCUUUUUUAAUUUAAAUAAUAUACAUUUUUCCCUCUAGGGUCCUUCUUUUGUUUUGCAUUGUUGAAGCUUGUCAACUACUGUGGUACGGUAGUCAAUGACAACCACUUGUUCUGUCGAUUCAGAACGGUUAAGAACUUUAUUAUUUAUUAUACAUACAAACUUGGACCAACUUGCCUUAUCUCAAAUUUUACAAAAUUACCUCAAUGUAUUAAAAUACCCCACUUCUAUAUUUCUAUUUUAAAAGCAAUGUCACAUGUCAAUGAUAUGCAGUUUUUAUAUCCCAAAUGUUUCAGUGAUAUUGCUGAACAAUAUUUAUGGGGAAACAAAUUUGUGUGUAUAAAUAAUAACUCUGUAUAUUACCGGAAUUGGAUAAACUCAGGAAUAUUAAAGGUUAAAGACAUCAUAAAAAACAACAAUUUUCUCCCAUCUCUUGAGCUUAGAAAUAAACUGAAUGCCAAACAUAA